GCCGCCACCCAGAGCCUAAGGCGCCGGGGCGCGGGCGAGCGGGUGGGCCGGGGCAGGGGCGGGCAUGGCGCGGACCCCGGGCCCGGCCCCGUUGUGUCCCGGAGGCGGCAAAGCACAACUUUCCUCGGCUUCCCCUCCCGCGGCCGGGCUGCUGCUGCUGCUGCCGCCGGCCCCGACGCCGCCGCCGCUGCUGCUGCUGCUCAUUCCCCUGCUGCUCUUCUCCCGGCUCUGUGGUGCCUUAGCUGGAUCAAUUAUCGUGGAGCCACAUGUCACAGCAGUGUGGGGAAAGAAUGUUUCAUUGAAGUGUCUAAUUGAAGUGAAUGAAACUAUAACACAGAUUUCCUGGGAGAAGAUACAUGGCAAAAGUACACAGACUGUUGCAGUUCAUCAUCCUCAGUACGGGUUCUCUGUUCAAGGAGACUAUCAGGGAAGGAUCUUGUUUAAAAACUAUUCACUUCAUGAUGCAACGAUUACUCUGCAUAACAUAGGCUUCUCAGAUUCUGGGAAAUACAUAUGCAAAGCUGUUACAUUCCCACUUGGAAAUGCCCAGUCCUCUACAACUGUGACUGUGUUAGUUGAACCUACGGUGAGCCUGAUCAAAGGGCCAGAUUCUUUAAUUGAUGGAGGAAAUGAAACAGUAGCAGCCAUUUGUAUAGCAGCCACUGGCAAGCCAGUCGCACAUAUUGACUGGGAAGGUGAUCUUGGUGAAAUGGAAUCUACCACAACCUCCUUUCCCAAUGAAACAGCAACGAUUGUCAGCCAGUACAAGCUGUUUCCCACGAGAUUUGCUAGAGGAAGGCGAAUUACUUGUGUCGUAAAACAUCCAGCCUUAGAAAAGGACAUCCGAUACUCUUUCAUACUAGACAUACAGUAUGCUCCUGAAGUUUCAGUUACAGGAUAUGAUGGAAAUUGGUUUGUGGGAAGAAAAGGUGUUAACCUCAAGUGCAAUGCUGAUGCCAAUCCUCCGCCCUUCAAGUCCGUGUGGAGCAGGUUGGAUGGACAGUGGCCUGAUGGUUUAUUGGCUUCUGACAAUACUCUUCAUUUUGUCCAUCCACUGACUUUCAAUUAUUCUGGCGUUUAUGUCUGUAAAGUGACAAAUUCUCUUGGUCAAAGAAGUGAUCAAAAGAUCAUCUACAUUUCAGACAUCCCACUUAAGCAGACCUCAUCCAUAGCAGUGGCUGGAGCUGUGAUUGGAGCUGUCCUGGCGCUCUUCAUCAUUGCUGUCUUUGUGACUGUGCUGCUAACACCGCGGAAGAAGAGACCAUCAUAUCUUGACAAAGUAAUCGACCUUCCACCUACACAGAAGCCACCCCCUGUGUAUGAAGAACGAGUUCCUCCUCUGCCUCAGAAAGGCCUUCUGUGUCAGACUGAACACUUGCCUUUGCAGACUCAGUUCAAAGAGAAAGGCUCUGGUGGUCUUCAGUCCUCUAAUGGACUAAAUAGCAGGAGAUUUGACUAUGAAGAUGAGAACACAGUACAAGAGGAUGGAGCUCAGGAGAUGUACCCCCUCUACAACCAGAUGUGUUACCAAGACCGAAGCCCCCACAAACAUCACUCAAGCAACCCCGAGAGACUCUACAUCAACCCACGAGAACAUUAUGUGUGAUUUUUCCUCUUGUUGUAAUGGGUGUUCUAACAAAUGUUUAUUCUUAGGCUUGAGAGAGAAACUGAGGCAUCUAAACAAUUUCAGGCUGAGUGAGUCGGAACUCUUGAUGAAUGACUCUGAGCUAAUAGUGGUUUUCUUAACUUCAUUAAGGGUUUCUUAACCACCAGCUGUGUUUGUGAACUUGCCUGUAGCUUUGCAUCUCUGUAACUCUAGUGUUUAACUACUAACACUUGGCCUACAAUGGCGUGUUCAUUUGAAAUCACGGCAUCUGCCUGUGAUGACUGCAGGGAAAGGCCCCAGCUGCUGGCAGCCACUCUGCUCAGGUCUCAGGCAGUGCUCAGCUGUAAUUUAAACAGGUGGGAAACCGAGCUCCAAAUCCAGCUCACUAAUUAUUAAGCUGGGAUUUAGAUUUCCCUAGCAUCUCAGUACAAUUACAAUAGCUGUGUCCAGAGGCUGAGGGAAGAGGUGGGCUCUCCUCUCUCCAAACAAUAUAACUAAAGCAGUGAGAACCUCCAAGCCUCUGGGUGCUGGUGAAGCAGUAUUAGUGUUAAGUGUCCUUCCUGGCCAUGGGCCCCAGGGCCUCCACAGGGCCCUCUGCCUUCUGUCCCCUCGUGACUAGCUGUGCUACAGAGUCUUCUCCUUUUCCUUGGAGCUGCGCCUGUUUUCCCACCUACUAAUCCUAAAAUCCCUGCCGAAACGGGCUGCAGUCCUCUUAGUCUUGCUCUUUUCCUCUGAACCUGACAAGCUCACCUUUCCCACCAGUCCCCCUCCACACAGGCUUCAGCUAGCUCCUCCUCUGCACUCUUUCCUUCUCUUCCAUGUCUUAUCUACCUCAAGAAACAAACAGAAAGCCUGCUGAAGGUCACCCUGCAAUAACUCCCACUCUUAAAAGCCAGGUGGAAAACUAAAAAACUGUUUCUUGUAAAGCUACUUCAAUAUGACGUGUUUGCUAAAUCUGCAUGUUCUCUGUUCCUCCUCCCCACAUCACCUGGUGAACAAGCCUCUAGAGAUCAUACAAAGUGAAUAAGACAGUAGCCUCUCUGCCUAGGUCAAUGGCUACACCGCGAUGCUGUUAUACCUGCUCAUGUCUGCCCGGAGUCCUGUCGUCUCCCUCUGCCAGCUGUCUCUCACUGAGACUGACAAUGGUCACAGAAAGAAACAUAAAGGCCAAAGGAUCAUGGGCACAUCUUAAGGAUAAUGUCGCUUUACUGUGUAUCCUGGAUGAUCAGAGCAUGUCACAGGCAUUAAAAAAUAAAAUACUAUGUACGUGUUAAUAUUAAGAAAGACUGGUAUCAACAUCAAAAUAAAUAGUAUACAUUUCCAUCCUAAACUACAAGAGGAAAUGAGAACAUUAGCAGAUUUAUAGUGAACGGCUAAAGAUACUUUAUUCAUGCCACACUCGGCCUUGGUUCUCCAUGGCUUCUUUUUGUUGUUUGUCAGACUUUGUGAGAUAAGCCAUAACGGUGCUUCUGCUCUAGUAAUAUACACACCCAGCCCACUCCCCACUAUCAGCAGUUCUAGGAGUAAGAAUGCUCAAAUUCCAUCUUAAAGCUUUGUUUAGGAUUAGUGCUUUUAGUGGUCACGGCUCCAAAGCGCCUAGAGUUCCACUGGUCUUCUCUGCGCCAUCACUGUGCUACUCUGGGUUUAGUUUCCUGCCGUUAGAGCAGAGAUGAUGGUCAGCUUCAUCGCUCAGAACGCCAUUAGGAAGUCAGUGUAACUACAGCUACAGGGUUCCUUGUGACUGUCCUCCAGUAGUCAGAUGGUGUAGUACUAAGAGUUUUCUUUGGCAGUGAAGCAUUUCAUUAGCCCUCGAUGUUAGGGGCCAGAUUGUAGAGCACCCCUCCUUUAGAAGGCUUUAAAUAUCUUAGCACUGAGGAGAGUUGCUAGAGUCCUGCUGGGUGGCAGGUCACAGAGUUGUCUUCACAAAAGCACACAGUGGACCCAGGGGGAGGGAGGGAUGUCCUCCUUUGUGCCAGAGAAAACUAUGUGGAAGCCUUUUGUCCUCUGCUUAGCACCCUCCCAGGAGGAACCCACUGUCUACUUUUCAAUGAUUCUUAGGAUUGUUAGGAAAAAGUUAUUUUAGGGUGUGGGUAUUCUCAUGCAGCCAGCCAGUUCGCUGUCAUCUGUGCCUUUCUGUCAGCUAAGGAAUUUCCUAGACAAACUGCUAUAUUUGAUAGUUGUUGGCCCCAGACAGGGGUCACAUAAGCUUCAUAAUAGUUUAUUCUAGUGUCUCCUGUCUGUUCUCUAUUUAAAAAGAAAAAGAAAAGAAAGCCAAAUGCUGAACAGGUUUAAAGGGGGUUGAUUAACCAUUCCCCUCAACCAAAAAAAUGCCAUCUAAAAUUAGUCUGCUGAUCUCUGAAUUUGGAGCCUAGACUACUUGAUGGUGCCAUUUAAAUUUGGAAGUUAGACUCUAAAGGUCAGUACGUGAGGUUGAGGGACAUAGUCACAGCUGGCCAUGCUCUCCCCAUAAUUGUUUUGUUAAAGUUCACUGAGAAGUAAAUUCGUAUGGCGUUUUUCCAUGCACUGCUUCCACUCUGCAUUCCAAGGAGGCAGGGGUACAUGCUCACCCUCACCACAGCCUCCAUCACCUAUUUUACCUGCUGGCGUUGUGGCUGCAGUAGCAGAUCACCAGAUUCUUUGCAUCUCACUACAGUUGAGCAUCUGGACUGGCUAGGAUCAGCCUGACUUAACAAAAUAAGAAUGCAAACAAACAGCCGUGAUUCGUUACAUCUUCUGUGAGAGUUCCCCUUACGCCUGGUGUUUUGUAUGCUCUAAAUUUGAAGACAUCUCUGUGCUCUAAGGAGUAUAUGAAACCCUUACCUGUGCUAGACAUCUAUAACAGGUACACAAGUACACACACACACACACACACACACACACACACACACACACACACACGACUGAAGAAAUGCCCAGUAAGUGACCAGGUUCUCAUCAUCAUCAUUAUUAUUAUUUUCUAUGUCCUGUUCACUCAGAAACAGGACCAAGCCCUUUCCCCCAGGUGUCUUUUGUAGAAGUCUAAAUUUCACAAAAGAUUUUCUGUUAUUGCUCAUCUUUUCUUGCAUUCACUUGCCUCCUGGUGCUAUCCUUAUUAUACUCUUAAGGCCUACCUUGGAAUUAGAGAAUCCCCCAUUGUUUUAAGAAUCAACAGGACAGGUCUAUACCCAGCUUUACCCCUAGCUGUAAAAGCUUAGGAAAAUAAACUGUGUAGGGUAUCAGCUGUUCCCACCCAUAAAACAGAGACCUUCCCUGUCAACCUCUCAGAACUGUGCUAAGAAUUAAACUAGGGAACAGCGGAUGAGAAAUUGUAAGGUCUCUGAGAAGCACCUAUACUCCAGUGUUGCAUUUUGAACUUCAAUGCCCAGUGCCUUUGCCCAUAUUUAGAGUACUGGAAUGUCCUGGGGAGAGUCAUUCAGCAGUGUGGAAAUUGUAGUUUGGUCUAGUUUGAAUAUAACCAAUUGCAAGUUCAAACAUUCCCUUUAUUAUAAUAAACAUGUAUCCCAUAAAAUGUUUCAUAUCUGGGCCAUUGAAGUAGAUCCUUGGGUAAAGGCACUUGCCAUGCAAGCCUGCAGACCUGAGUUUAAUCCUUGGAGCUCACUUGGAAGGAGAAGGAGAGAGAAGGGCCCCAGCAUGGUCCUCUUACCACCACUUGAGCUCACACACCUCCUGCACAUGCAAUAAUAACAAGAAAUAUUUUUAAAGGUUCAACUGUCAAGCUUUAGGUAGGAUUGGAAAUGCGUAUUAUUAGAAUUCACGAUUGCUUUUGUUUUUUCAAAUAACUAUUAAUGGGUAGCUUUACUGAGUGUAUGGUAUAGACUGGGUUCCAGGGCCAGCACUUUACAUGAAUCAUCUCACUGGAUAGAAUCCUACCCCUGUUAUGUCCUCUUUCAAGAGCUCCCAUGGGAACAGAAAGGCUUAUAUUCUCAUACCACACAGUUGUAGGCUAUGCAUAUCAUCAGUUAGCUGUUACUUCUUUUAAACCUGCUUUGAUUUGGGGGAAUAUAGCUGUCUUGGUUUUCUUUUUAAAGCAGAAGUAUAGGAGCCUACGUGGAAUGAAACAAUAAGAAAUAAAGUAGGAAGGAAGCACAUGUGCUCACCUUUUACCUCUGAAUAUUCAGUACUAUUCAGUUCACUAGGUUAACCUCCAUUAGGUUAAGCUACCAAGGCCAAACCAAGUCAGAUAGAGCCGCCUAUACCAGUUGACUUGGUUUUGCAGGGCACAAACUUCUAACAUUCUUCCCUGGACUUCAUUUGACAUGCUUCUUGCUGUUUGUCUCUGUUAAUCAAGGUCCAACUCCCAGGGUGGGAACACGCACACUGAGGACAGCUGGAAGGGAGCCAGAGAAGGGUGGAAAGGGUGAAAGGUCAGAAUGCUGGGGUCACCACCUGUGCCUCUCAGCUUUGGUUUUUUUUUUUUUGUCCUGGUGCUUGAACAACAAGGCCCUUCCUUCAUCCUUGGGUCAUUGGAAGACUCUAAAAAAACCCUGAGACCUUUAUCCCCAUUAAACCAAAACCUAAUGUUUGCAAAUCUCAUCAACUCUAGAAUGCAGCUGCAGUAAUCUUAGAGCUGAUGAAUACAUGGAUUUCUUCCAUUCAAGAAUACUAUAAUCUGGCCUUUGCCAGCUGUUAGGCUGUUUUGGUAGCCUUUAGUAGAUAGAUGUGUAAGGGCUGUAUGCCUCCGCCAGGUUGGACUGCAAAUAAAGCAUAUGGUAACAGCCUCAGAAGUGACCAGAGCUGCUGGCGGCCCCUGGGAGAUGUGUACUCCUGAUUAGGAUGCAGCAGAUAUUAACCAGCUACCCUUAGAGCCAUAUUCAAACUGAUGGGCAUGUCUCAAAAUAAUUUUAAAAAUUAAAUGCAAUGUAACAGAAUUUGGCAAGAUUUUUUUUUCAGGUUUUCAUGCCGUCAAACGAGGGUGGGAUAGGGCUAUUUGCUAUCUGAAGUGAGGAAUCUGCUGGAGACUUGUGCUGACAUUUAUCCAUGGUAAUAAUUUUACGAUAGACUGUCAGCGCCAUGCAGAUUGAUAGAAAAAAGCAAAGUAUCUGUGACUUAACCACCAAUUGACAGCCCUCUUGUGCUUCAGUUCCACAGUGGGUCUGUCACAGCGGCCACAAGCAAAUGUUACAUAGGAGACAGGUCGCUUGGAUAUGAAGAGAACUGCUCUCGGUCUUAAAGUUAAUACCAAGUUCUAAUUACUAGCCUAAACCAUCUUGAGUAAACAAAGGAGGCUUUCUGAGAUAGUUCAGUCUUCUCCCACUCUAAGGGUGGCAGGCCACACAGUUGCCCCUUUAUGGGUUUUGCCCAGAGUAUUUCUAGGAUCAGAUCUCAGAGGCGCAACAUGAGGCCUGGUUUUGUGACCUGCACUGGAUCGACUUGAUUUCCAUGUUGUGGAAUUUGGCUGUAAAAGGUGAUGAGGAGAGCCUGAGGGAAAUCCUCCCAGGAAUCCAGAACAUCGGAUUUGCUGCAGUGACUUAGAACUGAGCCCUGUCCUACCACAGAUGUGUCUGACAGCCAUGAAGAGAUGGGUUAUUUCACUUCCUCAGAGGUUCAUUUCCCUUAAUGACACACAGUAGAUCUCUGAAGCCCAGCGCUACACACAGUUUUCCAAGUGAAUGGACACCAUUGUUUGGUUUUCAAUACUCUUUCCAGGAACAGGCGGGAGUUUUAAAUCCACCCGAGUGUAUUGAUCAAACUAAAUUAAACUCCUCUCUGAAUUCUUAGGAGUAGCCCUCUUAGGAGUAGCCCAGUAUUCACUAUAUUUUAACUCGAUGCAGCAGAAGUUUGUUCUGCAUGCACUAGUUUACUGCAGUCCACAUCAUGACUGUUACACCCCUGUACUCUCAUGACACAUAACUGUAGGUUCCCUUGAACUGAGCGCUUCAGUAACCAAACCAAUGUCCAUCAUCUUUUGUUUCGUUGGAUACUUGAAAUCCCAAAUCCUCUGUGAAAGUAUAAGUAGCUGAUAUUGCAAAUAGUUCCCCAGAUUACCCCACUUGUCCAUCUGUAAGAGUUGCUGUUACCCCUUUACCUUCUGUUUCUGCCUCUAAGCCAAUGCUAUACAACAUACCAUCUCCAUCCCGUUUGUGCUCCCUGUGGUCCUCCCCUCUCAACAUCCCUACAACUCCGCUUGUCCCUUCAAGUCUGCUCACUCUGCCUCACAGGGGUUGUACCCGUGGUAAGGGGGACUAAGAUGUCCAAGGGCUGUCUUCAAGGGAGAUCCUUCUUUCAAGGUGAUUUUACAAAAGCCUCCAAGCUUAGAAGUGAGAAACCCUCUGGCUAUUAUAUUUUUCUAUUCUUGUUUUGCUAUUUUUACCUCUGCAAAGUGAUCUCUGUCUGAAAAGAGGCUUUAUCCUGGUUUUCACUUUCUCCCUGGUAACCCCUUCACCCUGAAAUCUCCAUUUUGUGCUCUCAACUUCUUACUCUGAUCCAAAACUAAGGCUCUCGAUGGAAACCCCAACUCUUAUACUGCUAUUAAAAAUAAUAAUUAUAAUGCCUUCUGCAGAGAAAUCUCUUGCUUUUCCUACGGGAAGCCAGUGAGACCUCACUCUGGCUCCAUCCGGGUCUCACAGCAAGCCUUGCUUUGUCAUAUGGAAACUGAGACUAAUCCAGUUGUUUCCAGUACCUGGGGAUUGAUUCCUGGCUAGUAAAUGGUGGAAGCAUCUUACACAUACAUACUUGUGCUUCAUUAAUGGAUCAUAGGUAGUCUAGACAGCCUUCAAGUGGGAGUGAGUCUAGGUGGAUUUGGAAUCCCUUUACCCCCACUGUUGGCAAAAGAAACAUACCUUGCUGUCUUUUUUAUAGUAGAAAUCCAUUGCUUGUUUUUUUUUAAUUAUUUUCAUUUUGUUGUGUACAAAGGAUUUUAUGCUAUGUAUUUCUGCUUGUGAGAAAAGACCCAAGUUAUAAGUUUAAGCAUUAGAACUGAAGCAGUUAACAGUGUAGUUUCGUGAAGAAAAUUCUAGCUCAGAUGUUGUGAAAUAAAAAAAGAAUUACUAGCUUAGACUUUGAUAUUAUAUUUUAAAUAGUAGGUGUUAAUGUGGUGUUUUUUAGACAGUCGGUAAUUUUCCAGAAAUUGUCUUUUAUUUUUGCAGUUUUGGACUAUAUGGCUUUUUAGAUAUUAUAAAUAAAGUUUUUUAUUAUUUAA